AUGAGGCCAUGGAGGAGGGUGAGGACAGCCGGUCUUCUUAUCCUCGACGGGACUCUGGGCCGGGCCACGAUCACUAUCAUCAACGAACCCACUCGGGCUCAAGAUUUGAUUAAACGAUGUAUAGGCCCAUGCCGCAAGGGAAACCUGAAACGUGGAGAAAGAACAAAAAGAGGUCGGCUUCGACGUGUUUCUUGGUCUGGCCGCGGGUCUGGUCGGCCUACUUUAGUGUGCGGGUGGACUGUUGACGAAAAAAGUGACAUGGAAAAUAAAGUAUUUCGUGCCGUGCGGCUACAGCAAAUCGCGGGGGCAACGGCGGGUGUGGGAUACUUGGGACAUGAGGUCUCUCGUGGUAUAUCGGCCCAGCAAGGCAAGCCAAGACGCAAAGGCGCCAAAACGCGCCCUGUGGGGGUCUCCCGUUCUCCGCACGACAGCGACACGACUCUUUUUGCGAUUCGACGCGACGUGGGCGAGGACACGUCCAGUCGCGCACAAACACAUCACGGUUGCUGCAUCUGCGUGUCUGCCGUGUACGAACGAGACUCAUCGCGACAGUCUCCUGCCUCGGCCCAUGAGACGGUGAAUACUGCGACUUCGCAGCAAGCAGCAAAACUGCACUCACCACUCGCUCGAGUCUCGCUACAUCUGAAGCGCCAGUUCACCACCGCCAAAUGA